CAGAGAGCCUGGGUUGUCAUUUGAUACGCAGGCGUGACCCCGGGAACUGCCAGCAAAAAAAAAUUGUGCUGUGCAGUCGGCUCGGGGCUCACACUCCUCUCCGCAGACUCCAAACAUACACCCACAGACCAACCAGACUGUGCACACCCCGUAUUAGACUACUAGUACACCCCUCCGCUUGGUGUUGAAAUGUGUUGUACCGGGUUGCCUGAAUUUCAGAACGGAGCAGUGCCGUAGAUUUUGCCAGUUGAAAGUGAAGCGCAGUCGUAUGGUUGUCGUCAUUACUGUACACCGUGGUGCCGGUGCAAUGGUUAGAUGACAUCAGUAGGGAGUGCCCGAGUGUGAUUUGAACCCAGUACAAUCUUGCCCGUUUCUUCCGCCAUGGAUGAUCCUGCAGCGCCAAGUGUUGAAGACCCACUGCCCAAGGAACUUCCUCCAGAUACAGUCAUAGAUAAGCCUGCAGAUGACCACACCAACUCUGAACCAGGUAAUCAUGGUGAAAUCCAGGAUGAUGUGCUAGGCGAUGAGGAGGCUGCUCAGGACAGCCAUCUUACACUGAUCUGCGAGCCCAGCGGAGCAGCUGUGGUAAUGCAAGGUCCUUCUGUUCUGGGUCCGCCCGUGGCUGCUAAAACUCCGGAGCCCUCAGCUGAUCCAAGCGAAGAGAGAGGUUGGCUCCACAGGGAUCUUCUGAGCAACACUGAGACAGUCCCUCUGGGCUUGACUCCUGACCUUGGAGGAUCCAGCAGGGAAACGGCAGUGGAGGGCGAAAACCAUGAUAGACAAAGCAGCCCUGUAUGUGCCCUUGAAUCAAGUUGUGCUCCUGAUGUGCCUUCAGCUUCGUCAGCCCUUCAAUCUCCAGCUGAGGAAACCAAUUUGAGUGAGGCUAGUUCUGUUUCUAUCCAGCCAGUGGCUGAGCAAGGUACCCCUAAUUCAAAUAACCCAGAAGCAACUGCUAAGCAGGAUGUGGAGCCUCAGCACUCUCCAAAGAUCAGAAACGCCUCUUUGCCGACUAAGACAAAUAGCCUGGAAGCCAAGAAGAACAGGUUACUAGAUAUUCUAAAUGCAAAAACUAAAGACCUUUCCAUGAGUGCACAGAAACAGAUUUCUGCCCCCAAACCACUUGAAACUCCUGGAUCAUCAGAAAAGGUUGAGGAAGAUGGGGGAUCCAGUAGUUUAGUUGAGCUGCCUCCCAACACAGAAAUCUUCCGUCCAUCCUUGGUGGCAUCAACUUCAGAAGUUGACAGUGACAGUGAAUCUAGGGCAGAGGUUGCAAAUGAUGAACCCAACUUGAUCAUUAACAAACCUGUGACACAGAUCAUGGCUAAAAGCAAACGUAAAGCGAAGAAACCUCUCCCCAACCGAUCCUCAUUGGAAAGCAUGAUUGAUGCUGCGUCAGAUCUGACCGACUUCUUCAGCAUAGCAAACACUCUAGAUGAUGGCGAAGAGGAUGAUGUUGUAGUCGUGAGCGAAGAGGCAGAGCCAGCAUCAUCUUCGGUUGCUAAAACACCUAAAGACAGCCCAUCUCCGGAUGGACCAAUACCCACGAGUGUUAUCAAAACACCAGAGACCUCAAAGCCUGCACAACAAAAUGUAACUACCAUUUCAAUCUCUGAUGUUUGCACAAGUGAGUGGAUGUCCAAACAUGGGAACACCUCUACCGUUAGUCAACCUGCAUCAGCUGGGACUAUGAACGUCAUCCACACCAUUGUGACCCCUCCACCCAAUUCACAGGUGCAGACUCCUCAAACCUCACUGACCCUCCAGCAUCCUGUCAACACCCAACCCCAGACACAACUCGGCCAACCAACUCAUUACAUUCAGCAGGUGGUGCAGUCCCAACAGCCGCAGCUGUCACUGCUCCAGCAGAAGCUGAUUCAGCCAUUACAACCUGGGAGCUUACUCCCUCAGGGUCAGAUCCUGGUUCAGGGUAAUGUUGUGCAGGGUAGCAUCUUGCAGACCGGGUUGACGUCGGUUGGGGGAGUGCAGCAGGCAGUCUCACCUGGUAACAUCAUCGUACAACAAGGUCCCCAGCAAGCACAGCAGCAGUUUGUCCCAGUGCAGCAUGUUCCAGUGGGAUCGCCCGUUAUCCAGCAAACUGCAGUCUUACCACCUGUGUACCAGGGUCAACUUCCAAUUAUACAGCAGCAGACUGCACAGCAACUUCCAGUAGCCAGUGGCCAGCAAACAAACAGCACAUUCUUCACCUGUAGCUCACCCGCGCCAACCAUCAUCAAGCCACAGCAGACAGUGUUUCUACUCCAGCGAGGUGAUACCCUGAAACUUGACAGCCACGGUAACCUGAUUGUCAUCGGCAAGGAAGGUCAGGACAACACUGGCCAGAUGCCCAUCAUCCAACCUGGCAGCUCCAUCCUUCCUGUCAACACCGUCAAGAAUCUGCUGAAUGCCCGACAACAGGGUGCCGCACCUGUUCCCCAGGAGUCUGUAGGGACAACGGUCGUUUCAAGUACAGCCCAAAGAAAUAUUGUCACGAGUACUGCUGUGACUCGGGGAACUGUGAUGCAAGGGAGUCCAACCAUUUUAGGCCCAACUACCAUUGGCUCAUUCAAUUGGCCUGUUGUGAUUGGCAAACAGCCAGUUGCAAGCGUUCAACCCCAAAGACAAAAAGCUGUAUGCCCCAAUCCUGAACUGGAGCUCAUCCGAUCAGCUUCUUCCAACAGUGGGUCAGAACGUACAUCCACUGAGACAGGAAAUGCUGGGUCUGUUGUUCUCAAAUCUGAGCCCACCACGUCCAAUGAACCUUCCAUGGCCUCUUCUAAAGGAGGCAUCAAGAUAUUCCAGUGUGAGAAGUGCAAGAAGCUGUUUGUCAGUAAGGCUAGUCUUUUCAACCAUUUGGCAGGAGAGAUGCACACCAACAAUAUUCCUGAGCAUGUCAAACUGCCAUACAAGUGCUCAGUGUGUGAGGCUUGUUUUGCGUUCAAGGCCUCACUGUGUUUCCACAAGAACAGGCCUUGUAUACCCGACAAGCCAGUGUUUAACAUCAUCUGCUCCAUCUGUAAACUCCGCUUCAAAGCCUUGAUAGAUCUUGAGCGACACGUGGUUAGGUGUCACCAUCUACUGCCUGGACAGAAUCCGGAAUUUGUGGACAAGGACCCUGAAGAAAAGCGUGAAGCCAUUUCGCUGCCAGGAGGUGCCAAAAUAUGGUCUAAAUCCAUACCCUCAACUCUGGCCGACAAUCCAGCUGUUAAAAAGUGGAAUGCAAAUAUGAGGAUGGCCAGUGAGUUGAGGAUGGCACGUAAACCACAAGUUUCAUUCAAACCACUAGUUUCAACUUCCAUAGUAAAGACUGCAGAGAUAGGGGAGCCUGCAGACCCAGAACUACAGCCACCAAUAAAACUGUACAUGAGUGUGAAGAGAAAGAAGAAAAGUAAGCACCGAAGCAAGAAGCGAAGACGAUCAUCAGCUGAGCAUAGUAAGUCGGCUAAUCGAUGUGCAGCCACAGUUGUGAAAGAUUUAGAUGCUAAUACCAGAUAUCUGAUCAAUACCCAUGGGCGGUUCCUCAGUAAAUCUCAACGGCCCUUCUCCUGCAAGAUCUGCAACAAAGGAUUUACUUCCGAGCACUGUCUAUUGGAACACAUCAAAACCCACAUCAAGCCCUUCGGUUGCAGCCUAUGUGGAUGGAAAUCGGCACGGAAGGAUAAUGUCUUAAAGCACAUCCAGCUUCAGCAUGGCGGACCUGAGUACCGCAGGAAAAGAGCCAAGCCUUACAAGGCACAUCGAAAUCUCAGCAGUACUGAAGAUGAGGAGGAAGAUUUGGUGGAUGUUGGUGGCGAGUUAAAACCUGCAGGCACAGAAGAGGAUGACGUCUCAGACACUGAAGAGCCUGAUAUUGAAUUAGAUGAUGACGAUGCGCCAAAUGACUACUUUGGUGGUGGAAGAUACCACAGACAUGAUGACAACAGUGACGAUGACAACUCUCGAGGAGGAAAUCAUAAGACAGACAAGAAAGAUGCUGACAAACAAGGUGACCGAGAUGUAACCAACGAUCAGGGGAAUGACGGGAAUGAUGAUGAUACCUCAACUCCUGUUCCACAGGAUCACAACUACCUAACCCACAUGCAGUUACCCUCAGACAGUACUGAUGCAACCCAAGAAACAGAAUGUGGCACUGCUGACGCUAAUCUACACAAACAAGUAGGCGAGUCGGGGAAUAAAGUGGAUGUCAGUGCCACUUCCUCAUGCAUUGCAGAAUCACAACCGAAAAAAGAAUGCUGUAUUCAGUCGGAGACUUAUGACAGUAGUCACAGUCCUCAGGAUGGGACAGAAAUAGCAGAGCAAGAGCUUGAGAUGUGCGACCCCACCGAAUGUGACAAAGCAACAGAGAUAAAUCAGUUGAAUGACAAUUUGGAAGCAAAAGUAAACAGCUCCGAAAUUGACACAGACAAGACAAGUCAAACCCUGGAGGUUCUCAACACUGAGCAGAUAGAAUCUGGUAAAAAUGUGCUAUCCUCUGCUGUAGAGAAUCAACAAGGUUUAGAGUCUUCCUCAAAGAGCAGCUCAGAAUUGGAAACUCAGGGAGAAAAGGCCCCUUCCUCUCAAGAUCCAGACUCAGAUGACAGUCCUGUAAUCUUUCUAGCCAACGACAAAAACAUUCCUGUUCCUGAAUCAAAUAAAGAUUCUAAUAGUUGUAUCUUUACUGUGACGAAACAGAACACUGUGUCAUUUCCAGCUGGUGUAACAGAAAACACAGAGGGCAUGUCCUUGGAUGGUAAUAUUAGAUCUGUUUUUGCCUCCGAUGUUGCAAAGCUAAAGGAAAGUGGAGAUGAUACUGCAACCCAAACACAUUUGAAUAAUGGUAGCUUAGGCCACAUUCCUCAGCAGACAAAACUCCCACUGCAAAAUGAAGAAGUUCAGGCCGAGACCUCUAUAAAAGUCAGUUCAGAAAUCUUACCACCAGAUUCACAAAAUGCCUCUGUGAUUUGUGAUGAUGAUGACUUGGUUGAAGACAAAUGCACUGGAGCACUCUCAGAAAGUGACCUAGACUCAGAUGGAGAUAUACUUGAAUGGACAAGCUCUGACCAUGACUCUGACGAAGAAUAUGUGUUGCCAGAAGAAGGUGCAUCCAAAGUUCAACAAAGACCAAUUCUCUUGAGAGAUGAAGAGGAGAGCCAAACUGGAAGCCCCUCAGCCCUGGAUGAAGGUGUUGUCAUUGAUGACGACAAUCUCGAAAUACGACCCAAACUUCCGGGGGCUCCAGACCAAAGGCCCUCUAGUGGGGUAGGUGAUGAUACAGACCGAGCUGGUGAGGCGGAUUCACCAAGUGUCUAUUACACAGUUUUAAAUGCAGAGGGAAGUGACAGUGAGCCACAAGAAGAGGGCAGCAUGAAUUUUAUAGAUGGCAACACAGAAGAAGAGAUUCUGGGACCAAAAGGAUCAGAUGAUGUCUUACCGGUUGGCUGUCAUGCCACUGAAGCAACUGAGAUGGAAUACCAAGAAGGUGAGAGUGAGUCUGGUUUAGCCGAUAUCACCCGAGUGCAAGCCACAUGUAACAUUGAUCCAGACGUCAGGGUGAAAACAGAAUAUCCAACCUCGUGUGAAGCAGAUGUGAAUGGCAUCCCUGUCAACGAAACACUCAAUUCCAAUUCACCUGGAGAAUCCGAGCAUGUGAUUGGGAUGGAUGAAGAACAAGGAGCUCCUGAAAAUGAUAUUCCCAACACAAUACAAUCGGCCAAACCUCAGCCUCGCAGUGAGAAAGAAAAAAUGUUGACAAACACUACACUUAAGGUCAAACAGGAACCUAUUGACCUAGAUGAGGUAGACCCACAGGUUCUGGAAGUCUCUCAAAGAAAGGGUGUAUCUCCAUCAUGCAGUUCACAUGCUACAGAUGGUUUGUAUGCUUCAGAGUUGGCAAUUGCCAGUCGGAAUGAAGUUGGUCCAGAAAGACUGAGAUCUGCUGACUCUUUCAGAGAUCAGCAGAAGUCUCCUCCCCUUCAAAGGCCAACAGAGGAAAGGCUGGGUACUCAUCGUAGAAGUGAGCCAGCUAGUGAGCAAGUCUUGCCAGUCAUUUCUGCAGUUGGUUCCCUGAGUGAAGCCGCAGACCGAUUUGAGGGGGUUAACAAUCAUCCACGAAAGAGUGUCAUCUUAGAGGCAUUAAAUCGUCCUGGUCAGCAGUAUCCUCCACAACAGUUUGGACCUACCGGUAGCUCUCCAGGCUAUGACCCUAGAGCAAUGUACAACGCCAUGGGAGUACCCAUGGUGGAUCCUUCGACAGGACAGCCAUAUCUUCCCAGGUAUCCUCUCCCUGGUAAUCCCUACAUAUCAAUGUUUCGUUCUGGAUCAUUAGUUGAUCCCAGAGAACCAUACUAUCCUGGCCCACAUCCACCGACUGCAAUGAAUUAUAGCCAUCGACCUCCACAUUUGGGCCCCUCACUACCAGAACCUAGGUUUCCUUCACCAAAUUGUUUCCCAUCGGUGAUGAACAGGGGAGAUGGUUAUCCGGAAAACUUCGACUAUCAGGGUCUUGACAAACAUCGUCAAAACAGGCACAACAUGCAUCCAGACAAGCACCAGCAGGAACAUGUGCAACACAAUAAGUGGGAGAAACAGAAGCACCAACAUUUGAGAAGACACUUGCAAGAAAGGCAGCAUUAUCGCACUCAGAAUGGCUACCCGCCUCAUGGGUACCCAGAAUCUAAUCCUGCCUUCCCCUCAGACAGUCCAGUCUCCAGCCAGAGGGAGAGAUUCAUAUUUCCCAAGUAUCCCUACGAAGACAGAGCUGGUGGCCACUUGAUGAUGAACCCUGUCAAUCGAGAACCUUCAGAUGCUCUCAUAAAUCCAAGCAGUCAGUAUUAUAAGGCAAACUCAAGGAGGCAGCUUCCAGAGGAACAACGACCUCAUGAUCUGCAAAGUGUUCCAGUGCCACGCGAAUAUGGUGAGAUGUCCAAGCAGCCAGUUCACCUGGAGCAGAAUAACACCCAGGGGCCACCUUCUCAAGUGAUAGGGAAUCCUUAUGCCCAUGCAGAUCACAUUCAUGGGAGACCUCCCAUCCCAGCUGAGGCUCCAGUUCCUGCCAGAGCCCCGGCUCCUCCCUUAAGGCAAGCAUUACCUGGUGACACAAGUGCCCCGCAAAUUACCACUGAAUCAAAUGCAAAUCGUGGGAUAAGCAUACCCAGGCAGGUGAAUAAUGGGCUGCAAAAUGAUAAACCCCCACCCCUCGUCUAUCAAGGGCCACAAAAACCAGAAGACCUAUCCCUACAGAAGUCAACAGAGAACCAGUCAAAUGAUCUUGCCUCAAAAGAGCAUUCCGUGGAAGAUUCUAGCAGAAAAGUCACUGCUGAUGUGGUUGAGGUAUCCAGUGAUGAUGAAACGACUGUGCAGUUGUCAGAGUUGGCACAUGUGCCACCGAACAUUUCAGACAUAGCCUCUCCAAGGGAAAGUAUUCAACCAUUUUCAAAGCUGGCACCUCCCCCACCUCCACCACCUCCACCACCUCCACCACUUCCAUUCCAUUCUCUGUACGGUGACGAGCCAAGUAGGCUUCACUAUAGUCAAAGAGAGAGCAUGGAUAAUAGAAUAAGUCACCCGCCCAUGGCACAUCAGCAUCACGCAGAAUUUUUGCCGAGAACUGCUGGAUCCUUGAUACCGCCACCCAUUCAUGUUGGCCCCUCCCAAAUCUCUCCUAAACAACCAAGCCCUAAAUCAGUACCUCGUUCUCCCAAACGACGCCAUUCUUCGUCUGGAUCAUCAGACCAGCACAAAUCACCGAGACGUCGAAAACGAUCAAGGGCAGAUGAAACCCCGGAGGAUAGGCCUUAUGCUUGCCAUAUCUGUGGUAAUCGGUUCAAGCGUUCAAACAACCUGACGGAUCAUGUACGGAUCCAUUCCAGACCGUACAAAUGCGGCGAGUGUAGUUUUGACACCACUCGUUGGCAGUAUCUUGCAGAUCACCUCAAGAGGAAUCACAAUUUUGAGGGGGAUGCCAGGGAGCUGGAAUUGAUGUUUAAGUCUGGUAAGCGGCUUAAGCCCACUGAUCACAUUCCAGAGACCUGUUACCAGCCAUUGGAAACAGAGUCAAACGUGGAUGGUGUAUCUGCCCAUCCUGUACGAAAUGGCUUUUCACCAGGCUCUAGGAGUAUGGUGGUACCUUCUUCCACCAUUAUUCUUCCUCGUGGGUCAGAUAUUGUUCACCGGGAUAAGAGCAAAAAGAGGAGACGUCAUGGAGAUGAUGAUCAGGAUGAAGACUUGGUGGAUUUCUUUGGGCUUGCUGAAAACCAGGAUGAUGAAGACUCAACAGUUACUCCAGUUUCACUUUCUAAGGUCAGUCCAAAGGAGGAAUUUGAUGAUGCGGCAUCUGGUAGUGCCAAUGGUUGUCAGAUAUCACCCGGAAGUACUCAAGCACAGACAUCUCCAAAAGAGAGCCCCAUCACCUCCCCCAAACCAGAGGCUUCAUGGUCCAAGAGGAAGCAAUUGAUUCCAUGUAAGUUGCCAGAUGAAGAUCUCACUCAAGAGGAUCCAAACCCUGACUUCAAAAGACUUACUGAGCCAUCUCAAGAAAAUGGUGAAGCAAACCAUGAGUAUGACUUGAUGGUGGGUAGAAUGGAGGAUAAUAUCAGAGAGGAUAUGAAGAAAGAGGAGUUUAAGCAAGAGGUUGAGGCAACUGAGGUAAAUAUUAAACAAGAAGAUGUUGAAAUAACAGAGGCACAUUUAGAGGAUGGAACUGUAGAGGAUGAAACUGGGGAGGAGGAGAUGGAAGGUAGCAGUUUGAUUGGUGCCAGUGAUCAAGAGUACUCAACCAGCUAUCAUGUGGCAUCUAAGGAGGAUGCUGUAGAUGAAUCCGAUGAAGAUGCCCUGUACACUCCAACAGGGAGGCCAAAGCGCAGAACCGGUAACUACACCUUCCAAGGAAUACACAGACGACGCAGUGAGAAUGCGGACCCAGAGUACAAACCCAACCGACAGAGAUCAUGGAGAAAGAAACGUGGUAUCAUGCUGAAGAUACACAUCAAGAGGGGUAAGAAGCGAGGUCGUCCCAAGAACGGGCCCGUCUCAGAUCCCUCAGGCUCCCAAGUUCAAGCCCUCUCUACACAUGUUGGAGGAGGUCUGGACCUCACUCCAUACUAUGCCAUAGUGGAGGCCACUGAAAUGGAUCUGGACCGACGACCCUACCAGUGCAAGAUCAACGAGUGCAACAAGCGCUUCAAGAGCAAACAGCACAUGAGAGAGCACCUGUUCACCCACCUCAAGCCGUACAAGUGUGACGGCUGUGGGGUAGGAUUUGCACGGACUGACUAUCUUGCCAUGCACAUGAGAGACACGCAUAAAAUGUCCCCGACCAGGGCGGACCUGUUCAACAAACGAAAGUGCGCCAAUGGUCGGGCCAUGGCCUGCCGCAUGAGACCGAGCAAGGACAAACGGCGACAGGAGCUCCAGCAAAGCUUUCAAAAUGGGAAAGAACUCUGAGGGAGUAUGCAUCCACUACAGGGUUUGUUGCUUAGAAGGUGUUGGGGCCGGGAGCAGAGGAAACGUUUGAGCUUGGAAGUUGGCUUUUAGCAAAAAUGGCUUAAUAGGGGCUGUUGCAUCUACAUUGCAUGACAGAUGUGUUUUGGUUAAGAUUGCAGCUUUCAAAGCUCACUUUUGAUCCUGCCGGUACCUCGGGCUGCUAAGAGACAGAGUUCAGUGUAUUACCAAUGGAUGAGGGGAAUUUACUUUUUGUUACAGACAUGAAUACCAAAAUGAGACUGUUUUGACUGUGGAUACUUUGCACUUGUAUUACAGUACAAGCUUUCCAAGGUGGGCAUGUAUGUGUGACAUUUAACAUCCAACCUGUUCAGAAGCAAAACUUGUGCUUAUGGCAGGUCUGUACAAAUAAAAUGGUGGAUUUUUCAUGCUGGAUCCUCCAUAUGAUCACAACCAUUCAAUUAUGACACAUGGUAUCUUUCAUAAUGCAGAUUAUAAUUGUAAAUCUGUUGAGCAGAAGAUUGCAAAAAAUGAUAGAUUCAAACGUCCAGCUGCUCAAAAAAAAAGUUAAAAACAAAAACUUGAUGGGGGGCAACUCAUGUAGUCCCUUGGCCAUUGGUCUGAACAAAGUAAGCAUUUGUGAAAAAAAAAAAAUUGGCAUGAAAAGGUUGAAUCUCAUAUUUCCUUGUCUUAUUUGGCACUUUUCACUCUUUCAGUUACGUGUACUAUACAUUGUUAUCACAAAUGCAGUUUCAAGUAUUUAUCAAAAAAGUUUGAGGAUUGCACCAGCUUUGCUGGAAAAUAUUGCAAGCAUAUAUGCGCACACAAAUACCAAAGCAGCUUUAUACUUGUGUUGAUUCAAAGACAAAUUUUCAAAACUACUUUCAUUUUGAGUGAAUGUUGAGAAACUUAAAACAGUCAAAAUCAUACAUGUUUUUCGUAAGUUUAAAGACUGUUUUGUGAAAAAGCUCAAAAGCUGUGUAAGUGCCUUUUCAUACUGAAUGUCUAUGUACAGUUUUAAGUAUGUCGGUAGAUAGAUUUUGGUUUAUUGGUAAAUAACUUCAUUAGUUUUUGUUUUAUACACCUAUUUACAUUUAUAUUGUGUACUCUUUAUUUUUCUUCUUUUUUUUCAAAAUUACAUGCUUGGAGCUUGUGACAACUUAUUUCCACUGUAUUAAAAUUAUCUCGAUAUUAUUGUACAGCAGCAGAAGUUCUUAAGUCAAGCCAAUGAACCAAAACUCAACUUUCAAAUUUUGGUAUUGAGGUAUCUUUCACUAGUUUUGUAGUCUAGUCCGUCACAAGUCAGCCACAAGUCCUCCAGUCCCAAGUCAAGUCACAAACUGUUUGAAUGAACUGUGACAACAAAGGUAUUCCUUUGUUAUUGUUCGUCCCCCCUUACUUGUUACCCGAUUUGUGAAUUAUCACACUAAAUGUAGCACCUUGUCAGUCAUCCAAACUCCAAACGGUUGGAGUUAUACCAUCAGUACAUCAAUUUCAAGACACCUUAGGCCCGUUCUAGACGCCAAGCUACUGCCUUGCUGAACUCAAAAAGUUUGACUUUUUUCAUUCGUCACGGCAGUUGCAUGGUGAUAGUAUGGCAUUUGGAACCAUUUGGCUCGGCGAAUUGAGUUUGGCAUGGCGAAUUGAGUUUGGCAUGGCACCAUCCUGUAGGGCGAAAGGGCUGCCGCUUUGUCAUCAUUCCGAAUGGCAGUGGCACGGCACUGUUCUAAACGCUGUGCCAUUGCCGUGCCGAACUCAAUUCAAUUCAAAAUUCAGGCAAACAUUUUAAGAAUGCGCAUGCUCGCAAUACCCUCUCUCGCGUCCGCAUCAUGGGGAGUGAAAUUGACGCGAAUAGUUUGAUCGCGCUGAAAGUUCAUUGAACUUCUUGAACUGCUUUAACCUGGCCCAUUACUCAAGAUGCAUUAAAGUUUGACUAUUAUGUUUGGCGUUUAGAGCAACUACCAUGCUGUAGACGAGCUAUUGCCGCACUCGUGUCAAUUAAGUUCGAUGUGGAAGUUGUACGGCAUCUAGAAUGGGCCUUAAUCACCCAGUUUUUAAAUCACCUUGUUAACACUUCAUUGGAUUAUCACAUACCUAAACUUGAGAGAAUGUGUAUGUGAAUAAGCCUGUGUUGAAAAAAAGUUUCCUGCAAAAUAGACUACAUGUACUAAACAAAGAAAGUUCAGUAGAUUUAAAUUUGUCUAUCGAUUCAAGCCUCUCAGCACAGUUGAUAUUGCCUGCAGUUGUGCUGCAUAUCCUAUGUACUCUGAAACCAAUACACAUUGAUACUGACCAAGGCUUAGGCCGUGGCCAAAUUACUUGGCUACGGCUUGCAAAUUACACAGGAGAGUCUAUUGGAAGUGGCUGCAGCCGCUACCAUUGACGUGUGUAAUUUCAAGCCAUAGCCAAGUCAUUCAGACACGGCCCCAGUUUCACAGAUCUGCUAAGCAGAAAAUACUCGCUCAGCAAAUAUGUGUGAGGCUGCGUCUGAAUGACUUAGCCACAACUUGAAAUUACACAUGCGUCUAUUGAAGCGGCUGCGGCCACUUCCCAUAGACCCGUGUGUAAUUUCCAGAUGUAGCCUGAUAAGCAAAAACCAGCUGGGAACCAGCCACAGGCAAUAUCAAUUGCAUGACAUUUGGUUGGUAACCCGUGUUUGCUAAGCAAACAUUUUCCAUGUCAUGGCCUUGUCCGAGUUACUUGGCUACAGCUGGAAAAUUACACACGAGUCAAUGAAGCCACUUCCCAUAGACUCAUGUGUAAUUUCAAGGCGUAGCCAAGUAAUUGACACAGCCUAACAUUACAAUGAAAUUGGAUCCAGGUUAUCCCAUGCUUGAGAUCUGAAGGUGUAUUGGAAAAGGUUACUAAUUAGGGUUUAGAGAAAGAAAAAAAACCUAAUGCUUAGAAAGUUUUCUUUACAUAGUGGACAGAUCGGUGUCUUUCUUUUGUGGUUUCACAGAAAGUUCUUUAAAGGCAUGCUUGGUUGAAAUGGGUCAUUCGAUAAAUUUGGAGUUCGCGUUUGUUUUCCCCUGGUCUUUGUUACGUCAGACAUCUGUAAUUUUAUACUUCUGAUGCACUCCUUUAAAUGCAGUCAUCUUCCAAGAGUAAUUAUGAAUAGCAAACUACCUACCAGACAAAUAAAGACAUUUAAAGUCAGUCUUAAUGAUAUUUGAAUGGUAAAUUACAAAGUGCUAAGGUAACAGGAUCAGGAAAAGGUCACGCUUUAAACCCUAAAUUUGUAGAAUAACCCAUAUGGAAACACUCCUCUAAACUUGUUAUAGUCUUGGAUUUGAUUUCAGUCUUUAUGUGAGUUGAGUAUUCAACACUUACCAAGCAUGCAGCACUGGAAAAAUGCAUUCCAUUAUUGCCCUUUUAUGUGAUUUUUUUCCCAGAAUUUUUCUUUGCCUAUUUGGCAGUAGGAAAUAGAUUGCUGCAUAAGCAGAAAUUGAGGUUUUCAAUGAAAAGAAGGCUAAAAAAAGGUUCAACCGUAGAUCAUAGCUUUGAACAUUUACUUACGGAGAAUGUUUCUCGAUUUGAAAAAUCUAUUUCUAUUGAGAAAAAAAAAAGAAUCUGAACAUUUGUCAAAAUGAAACAAAAUGAAACUGAGACUUACCAAAGAUUUUGAUACUUCGAAAAAAAAGUUACAAUAACAUUCUGAAAAUUAUGAAAAAUGGAACAAAAUAAGCAACUUUGUUUUAACCGAUGGAAGUCAGACAAAGCAUCUUGAGUGCAAGAUGGAUAACAUUUUUUUGAUAAAUGUAACCAUCUGUACUUUUACCAGAUCAUAAGUAUUCUUUUUUCACAUUUCUCCUUUUCAUUUUGUUUGUUAGGCUAUUUUUUUUGGGGGGGGGGGGGAAUUUUGAUUUUGGGGACAUAUUUCUUGUGUACAGCAUCCAUCCGCUGUUUUCAGAUCAUCGGCAAUAAAAUAGCCAUGCACACAGUAACUGAAUACACAAUCCUUUCAUUUUUAGAUGGAAAAUGGGUAAAGCCUUUGAAACAUAAUCACUUGAGAUGGUAUGCAGAUUUCACAUUUUUGUUGAGUUGAUAUUUUUUCUUCUAAUCAUAAAUGUCUUUUAAAAAAUUGAGUCUUUCAAAUUAUUUCCUUUAUACAGCAUGGGAUACUGUACAUGUGUGGAACUAUGUGUAACCAUUACAGUAUUAUGAGAAAUAUCAUCUGCUGUUUGAAAACAUAUCUUGAUGCAUUUUUGUAUUAUUUGGGAAAACAAUAAUCUUGAUAGCACAUGUAGGGAUUACUAUCAAUUUAAUCAAUUAUUUGCAAGAAUGUGGAAGUUUGUGGAAGCUGUUUAAUGCUGUUUUUCUUCUGGUUUUACAAUUUUCAUUAAUUCUUGCUCCUCGUUCUGUUCCUGUGUUUAUGACCACCCUGCCUUCAUGUUUUUAUCAUGCAUAAUCCCUCUGAGUACAUUUUCCCAAAGUGAGAAGGGAACUCUUCUAAAUCAUUUUAAUAACCUUGUUAAUAUUUAUUCCUUCCUAUUAUAAAUACCUAUACCCAGUGAGAGAUAUUUGAAGAUGUUUCUGAUUCGGGCUUUUUUUUAUACUGAAGAGAGCUUCUGAAUUGAAAGUCUCCUAAUUUUUGUAUUUAAUAUUUACUCAAAUUUGAUAUGAACAUGUAGUUCUGUACAGCUAACUUAGAAGAUCGACUUUAUAUACAAAUAUUACUUUUAAUUUAAGCAUAGUGUGAGUACAACUGCUUACAAUUUAAACAUUAAAAGAAAACGCAAGAGAAA